GGGCCGGCCCAGCGAGCCAGCGAGCGAGCCAGCAAACCGGAGGAGGAGGGCCGCGGGAGGCGAGGCCGCGGAGGCGGAGGGAUCUGCGCAUCAAAGCGAGCUAGGCGAGCAAAGUUUGGCUGGGGGUUGGACUUUCCUUCCCGGAGGCGGCACCCAAACAGCCACCCCGUGCGGAAACCCAAACUUUCUGCUGCCACUUCGAGUCUCGCGGCCGCCUCCUCCGCCCCGCGCUCGGGGCCUGCCUGACCCCGCGCCGCUGUCGCCCGCCCGCCGCCGUCCGGCCUGCCCCCGCUGCUCUCCUCCCGCGUGGGAGCCGCUCGCGCAGGGCCGCGCGCCGAGCCCCGCAGGCUGCAGCGUCGCGGCCCGGCCCGGCGCACCCGCAAGUUCGCCGAGAGUUGAGGCGAAGUUGGGCCGAGCUCCCCUCUGCGCCCCCGGCGUCCCGCCGCGCCCUGCCCCGCCGGGGGCGCCCCUGGCCGCCCGCGCGCACGCCCCAGCCAUGUCGUCCAUCCUGCCCUUCACCCCCCCGAUCGUGAAGCGCCUGCUGGGUUGGAAGAAGGGCGAGCAAAACGGGCAGGAGGAGAAGUGGUGCGAGAAGGCGGUCAAGAGCCUGGUGAAGAAGCUCAAGAAGACGGGGCAGCUGGACGAGCUGGAGAAGGCCAUCACCACUCAGAACGUCAACACCAAGUGCAUCACCAUCCCCAGGUCCCUGGAUGGGCGGCUGCAGGUGUCCCAUCGGAAGGGGCUCCCCCAUGUCAUCUACUGCCGCCUGUGGCGAUGGCCAGACCUACACAGCCACCACGAGCUGCGAGCCAUGGAACUGUGUGAGUUCGCCUUCAAUAUGAAGAAGGACGAGGUGUGCGUGAAUCCCUAUCACUAUCAGAGAGUAGAGACGCCAGUGCUACCUCCCGUGUUGGUGCCACGCCACACAGAGAUCCCCGCCGAGUUCCCCCCACUGGACGAUUACAGCCAUUCCAUCCCCGAGAACACGAACUUCCCUGCUGGCAUAGAGCCCCAGAGCAAUAUUCCAGAGACCCCGCCCCCUGGCUACCUGAGUGAGGAUGGAGAAACCAGCGACCACCAGAUGAACCACAACAUGGACGCAGGUUCUCCAAACCUAUCCCCGAAUCCGAUGUCCCCAGCACACAAUAACUUGGACCUGCAGCCUGUCACCUACUGCGAACCGGCAUUCUGGUGCUCCAUCUCCUAUUAUGAGCUGAACCAGCGCGUUGGGGAGACAUUCCAUGCCUCACAGCCAUCCAUGACAGUGGACGGUUUCACUGAUCCCUCCAACUCCGAGCGCUUCUGCCUGGGCCUGCUGUCUAAUGUCAACAGGAAUGCCGCAGUGGAGCUCACGCGGAGGCACAUUGGGAGAGGCGUGCGGCUGUACUACAUUGGAGGGGAGGUCUUCGCGGAGUGCCUCAGCGACAGUGCUAUUUUUGUCCAGUCUCCCAACUGUAACCAGCGCUAUGGCUGGCACCCAGCCACUGUCUGCAAGAUCCCACCAGGUUGCAACCUGAAGAUCUUCAACAACCAGGAGUUUGCUGCCCUGUUGGCUCAGUCUGUCAACCAGGGCUUCGAGGCUGUCUACCAGCUAACCCGAAUGUGCACCAUUCGCAUGAGCUUCGUCAAAGGCUGGGGAGCAGAGUACAGGAGACAGACAGUGACCAGCACUCCUUGCUGGAUUGAGCUGCACCUGAAUGGGCCUUUGCAGUGGCUUGACAAGGUCCUCACCCAGAUGGGCUCCCCCAGUAUCCGCUGUUCCAGUGUGUCUUAGAGAUGUUGGGUGUGAAGGGGAGGGUGGGGGAGGGCUGGCUUGGGGAAAAUGGCCAUGGAGGAGAUGGAGCAACUCAGAACUCUACUCAACCCACUCUCGCCAAGGAAGAAAACUCUCUCAACCAAGGUGGCUCCAACCUGUUUUUCCAAAACACAGAAGCAAGCCCAGAGAUGGGUUUUAUGAACAGCUGUGUUUACCGAAUAUAUUUGUCCUCGGCCCAGUUUGAAGGGCAAGAAAUGGUUUCUGUUUGUUUGAGCAAACAGGUAGUGUUUUACCACCUGCCCCUCCCCCCAGCCUUUUUAAUGACAGC